AUUUUUAGUAGAGACAGGGUUUCACCGUGUUGGCCAGGCUGAUCUUGGACUCCUGACCUUAAGUGAUCUGCCCACCUUACAGGUGUAAGCCACCUCACUCAGCCCAUUGUCAUUCUGAUCAUAACUCAUAGUAAAAUGAAGUCACAUGCCCAGUCUCUGGGUGUACCAUAGUGACUCUGUCCAGUGUCUUUGUGCAGAGCCCCCUAGAUUCAUGCUUCUCAAACUUUAAAAUGUGCAUGCAAAUCUCCUGGCAUUCUUGUUAAAAUGCAGGUUUGAUCUAGUGGGUCUGGGAUGGGGCCUGAGACUGCAUUUCUGACGAGCUCCCAGUGCUGUGGGUUUUGCUGGUUUAGGAGCAUACUUUGAGUUUCGAGGCUCAUGCCUGUGGGCAUUCUCCCCUCUGUGGCCUGUGCUCUCACUAGCCAUGGCUAAUGUCAGAGCUGGUUUCCUAGUGAUUGCCCCUCAGGGUCUUCCUGCUUAUCUCUCCUACCCUGCCUGUGAGGGACACCUACUCAUACACCACCUGAAGUUGAGUUCCAGGAAGAAGAUGCCAGGGAUGAGGCUGUACAUUUCCCUCCACACUCACUCUUGGUCCUUGCGGGCCUGCUCUGGGCUGGGGCUUCUGCAGGACUAAACACCCAGCCCAGCCCAAGGUGCAGGCUCCAUGCGAUGGGACAGGAGGGGCACUGGGCCUCUGCACCAACCAUGCCUGCUUCCCGAAGUGCUGGGACCUGGGGGCCAGAGCUGAGUCUAGAACUUGGCUUGGUGCCCUAGAAGUGAUGCUCCUUGUUUUCCAGGGACAGAGAGUCUCACAGAUGGCCCCACUGCCAGGGGCAGAACUGGUUCAGAAGCCACUGCAGCUCUACCGAUAUUUGCUGCGCUGUUGCCGGCAGCUGCCAACCAAGGGCAUCCAGCAGCAUUACAAGCAUGCCCUCAGGCAGAGUUUUCGGGUUCAUUCAGAUGAAGACAACCCUGAGAGAAUCCAGCAAAUUAUUAAAAGAGCCAUUGAAGAUGCUGACUGGAUCAUGAAUAAAUAUAAAAAGCAAAACUGAGAACCCUGAGAGUGACCUUCCUAGCCUCUGGAUGUUGAGAGGCCCCUCUUCUGGAGCUCAGAAGCAGCAGUGGGUUUGCAAGAUCCAUUGGCCUUGUUGGCUGAAAGAGCCAGAAAUCGGGAGGAGAAGCUGACCUUGCUUCUCCGGAGGCUUCUCUUGCCACAGCCAUGUUGUCAGCAUCCUUUAUGUUUGCACUUCCAGCUGCUCACCAUGUGAAAUUUGGGGAGAAUGUGGUGUUUUUUUGUUUAUUUUCUGUCUUUUUUAUUUUUGUAUUUUUGUUCUUUUACUUUUCUCUGAAAGUGAUCCAUUUAUUCUGGAGAUCUUUUUAUCAUUCUGUGAGUCCUACAGCAGAUGUCCCCUCAGGGAGCAGCCUGUACAGAAGAGAGCGCAUGGGCUUUAGAACCAGACAGCUCUGGAUUUGAAGCCCAGAUUCAGUAAGGCGAAGGUGAAGUGCCUCACACAGGAUGCUAGUGGCGGAGCCUGAAAGGCUCCCUCUGAGGAAGCCGUCCUGCCCCGCCCCUCCUCUGCUCCAACAGCGCCCUGCACAGCUCUGCGCCAGGCCACUCAGUGUCAGGUCUCAGUUAUUUGUUUGCUAGCUUGUCCUGUCCCUGCAUGCAGCCCCGAGCCCUCACAGUUGUCACGCACCCUGCAGUCUGCCAAGGAGCUGCUCUUCCUGACCACUGUUUCUCCAUGCCCACGGAAGUCGAAGCCCUGGGCCUUGCCUCCAGGGAGCUGACAGCGUCCUUAAGUGGUGAAGUCACACCACAUGAACCAAGGGGGGGACGCCAGAGCAGCUGCGGUGAACUCAGGCCUGUCCAGGCCUCUGCACACCUGCAAUUUGUUUUGACUGCCAUUCCCUGCUUUGCCUCCAUCAUGGAAGGAUGGAAGGGAGCCGGAGAGUCUGGGUGGCCUCAGGGAGAAUGGCCAGAGUGGCCAGAAGAUGCAGAGAAACCCCACUGGGAUUUGAGUAUUCCCCAAGGGCAUUCAGCCACAGGGAUCAACUAGUGUGUGUUUGUGUCCUUGCAAUUAUGUGACUUAAAGUGACUCAGAGAUAUCUUUAUGUGCGUGGGUACUCCGCUGACAAUGAAGUAAAUAUAUCAAUUUGUGGAAGCUUG